GGCUGGCUCGUGACAGCGGCGCGGGGCUUUAGUCGCCUGUCAGUGGGACGGGGUUGGAGGAGGCGGAGUCCGUGCGGCGGACCAGUUUGCCAACCUCUGUGAAGGAAUACCUCAUUGGACUUUGAUUCUGGACUCUGAGACUCAGAAUCUGAAAAUACAAAUUCCAGAACAAAUGAGGGAGAACAGAAAGAAAGGAAUGUUUUUACAAAAAAAUGAAGUUUCUAUUAAAGUAAACAAAAUGCUGACUGGCUGAGUUAUCAGGUUUAAAUUGGGCACCGGGGAACACAUUUGGAGUAAAGAUUAAUCUACAGAUUGGUAAUUCAGUUGGCUGCCACAGGUAACAAGUCAAGAUGUUGCCCUCAUCGAGUAGGAUUUCAACGUUUGAAACUAGACACCCUCUGGAAACAGAUGUUCAAGAAACUGGUAUAGAUCCAUUACAAAAUGAACUAGUAAAAGAUGAUGAUAACGGUGAAAAUAAUGAAAACCAGCAAAUAAAAAUGCUUUCAGAGUUGGACAGUGGGAAAUACAGCUCUUACAGCAAAGAAUGGGAAGACCUAUUUGGACAUAUUAAUUAUUUUGCAAGCAUAAGACUGAAGGGGAUUAAUGGGCAGCUGAGAAGCAGCAGAUUCCGCAGUGUUUGUUGGAAGCUGUUCUUGGAUGUUCUGCCUGAGAACAAAAAGCAGUGGCUUAAUAAGAUAGCAGAAUUAAGAUCUCACUAUGAGCAGAUCAAAGAAAUUCAUAUCACAAAUCCUCGGAAAGCUGCUGGACAGCAAGAUCUGGUUGUCAACAAUCCACUUUCACAGGAUGAGGGGAGUCUUUGGAACAAGUUUUUUCAGGAUAAAGAACUUCGGGCAAUGAUUCAGCAAGAUGUGACUAGAACAUUUCCUGAAAUGCAGUAUUUCCAACAGGAAAGUGUGAGGCAGAUCUUGACAGAUAUCCUGUUUUGUUAUGCGAGAGAAAAUGAGCAGCUGCUUUACAAGCAGGGCAUGCAUGAACUGCUGGCUCCUCUCGUCUUUAUUCUACACUGUGAUCACCAAGCCUUCUCACAUGCUAGUGAAACAGCAAAUCCAAGUGAGGAAAUGAAAGCUCUCCUCAAUCCAGAGUUCUUGGAACAUGAUGCUUAUGCAAUGUUCUCACAACUUAUGGACACUGCAGAACCAUGGUUUUCAACUUUUGAAAGAGAAAUAAGAAAGGGAAAAGAAGAGAUGGUUACAGCUGUACCAUUUGCAAGACCUCAGGACAUGGGACCGUCACUUGCCAUAGUUUCCAAAGUAAAUCGCAUUCAAGACCAGCUGUUAAAGAAAUUUGACACCGAGCUAUACAUGCACCUCAAUCGACUAGAAAUAGCACCUCAGAUUUAUGGAAUACGUUGGGUCAGACUUUUGUUCGGACGAGAAUUUCCUCUUCAGGAUCUCUUGGUGAUCUGGGAUACUUUGUUUGCGGACAGUGUUACCCUGGAUUUAGUUGACUAUAUUUUUGUAGCAAUGCUGUUAUACAUAAGAGAUGUUUUAAUUGCUAGUAACUAUCAAACCUGCCUCGGAUUGCUUCUCCAUUACCCUUCUGUAGAAGAUGUACAUUCCUUAAUUCAGAAAGCACUCUUCUUACGAGAUCCAAAGAACAACCCAAGACCUGUGAAUUACCAGUUCCAACAGAAUCUAGAUUAUUACAGGGCACGUGGUGCAGAAAUUGUAAAUAAGACACGUGCUGGGCCAAAGGUUGCUCCCCUCAACAUCAAUAAAGUGUCCAAUAGCUUAAUGAACCUUGGAAGGAAACUGAUAAAUCCAGCUAUCUUAGUUGGUGGUACCAGCGGUUUUCAAAAUAUUGGAACAAACUGCAGUAGCAAUCCUGCACCCCACCCAUCCUCCCACAAAGCCAUGGUAGAGCACACCCAACAACAUCAGCAACAGCGAAUGAUGAAAUCUGAAAGCAUGCCUGUGCAGCUCAGCAAAGGACAGGUAGUUACAGGAGAUGAUGCUAAGGCUUGUACCCCUGCCAAGACUAUUACUGAGCUCCCAGGUCAUGGUGCCACUCAUAUUAAUGCCUCACCAAGUACUGAGAGUUUGCCUACUGCAAAAGAUAACACAGCAUCUCCUCCGUAUUCUACUGCUAAAAAGGAUUCAUUCUUCAGUACAAUCUCUCGUUCACGGUCACAUAGCAAAACUAUGGGCGGCCGAAAAGACAUGGAGGAUGAAUUGGAGGCACAGGUCUCAUUUCUUCAAGGGCAACUGAAUGACCUCGAGGCAAUGUGUAAAUUCUGUGCUAAGAUGAUGAAUGUACACAUAUGCAAAAUACAAGAUGUGAUUCUAAAAGAAAGCCUUCAAAAGGAAGACGAAGUCCUGGUAUCACUGGCUGGACUUAAACAGAUUAAAGACAUUCUGAAAGGAUCUCUGCGGUUUAACCAGAGUCAGCUGGAAGCAGAGGAAAAUGAAGAGAUUACAAUAGCAGAUAACCAUUACUGUUCCAAUAAUCGAGGAGAAGGUGCAGAAGGUGAGAGCAAAAAGUUGCCAAAUGCUGACAGGGAGAUGCAGGCCACUGUGAAAAGAGAAGAGGCCACAUCACUGACUUCCUUGAAUUCAGAUGGUAGAAAUUCAGAUGACUACAUCUUAGUUUCUAAAGAAGAUGAUGACUUGGUGCAUGAGCACCCCUCUGAAAAUUUGGAAACAACAGGAGGUGCAUCAGAGAAACAUCAAACUUCACAGGUGCCAAACACCUCUGAAGCAACUAGAAAACAAACAAAGCAAUCUCCGGUGUUUUCUGACCCUCUAACCAGUGGAGUCCUGGGGUCACCAUCCAGCAACUCAGGAUCCAGUCCAGGUGACGACAGUAGCAACAGCAAGGAUUCUGAUUUCACCAUUGUCAGCCCACUGGACAUCUGAAUUUUCUUCCACUCAGCAUUGGCCUCCAUGUUGAUAGAAAACUUAUUAUCUGCACGCUAAUAAAAUUCUGUAUGGAUUGCUUGACAACUGCAACACUCCUUUUUCAGUCUGAAAAUGAUAUAAAGUUUACACUCCUUA